AUGUCGCGACGCGACUUUCUGAACCAACAAGCCCCCGAAAAUUACGUCGCCGGUCUCGGUCGAGGCGCAACUGGCUUCACCACUCGAUCCGACUUGGGCCCUGCUCGAGAUGGGCCCAGCGCUGAACAAAUCCAAGAAGCUCUUGCCCGACGAGCCCAGCAACUCGGUGCAGCACCCCCGACCGCAUACGGCGCUGGCGCGAAGAAACAGGAGCAAGAAGAGGAGGAUGACGAACGCUUUCAGGACCCAGAUAACGAGACAGGCUUGUUCGCCUCUGGCACUUUCACUCAAGACGAUGACGAGGCAGAUAGAAUCUAUCAGGACGUAGAUGAACGCAUGGGCAAACGCCGGAAAAGGCUCAGGGAAGAACGAGAGCGAGAAGAACUAGACGAAUACAACCGCAAGAACCCCAAAAUCUCCGAUCAAUUCGCCGACCUGAAACGAGGCCUUGUCACAUUAACUGACGACGACUGGGCGAACAUUCCAGACCCUGGCGAUUUAACGGGCAAGAAUAGAAGAGCAAGACAGGAUAGGAAUAACCAGCGCUCUUUUGCCGUCCCUGACAGCGUCCUGGCGAGAGCAAGGGAUUCCACCGAGUUUUCGACCAGCGUGCAAGACGAUGCCAUGGACGGUGCUGCUACGAGUGCAGAUAACAGAGACGGAACCAUGACAAACUUUGCCGAUAUUGGUGCGGCAAGAGACAGAGUGCUGCAAACUAGGUUGGACAGGGCGGCAAAAGCGGAUGCCGGUAACGGCACGGCGACGACGAUUGAUCCCAAGGGUUAUCUCACCAGUCUGGAGACGUCAGAAUUCGACCCAUCCAAGGUACAGCUCGGCGAAAUUCAACGAGUCCGCAUCUUGCUCGACUCUGUUAUCAAGACAAACCCGAAGCACGCGCCAGCUUGGAUCGCUGCGGCCCGUUUGGAGGAAUACGCCGGGAAGAUUGUCGCGGCGAGGAAAAAGAUGGCUCAGGGCUGUGAGAUGUGCCCGAAGAGUGAAGACGCUUGGUUGGAGAAUAUUCGACUGAACGAAGGACAGAAUGCCAAGAUUAUUGCUGCAAACGCUAUCAAGAACAAUGAACGGUCGACGAGGCUGUGGAUCGAAGCCAUGAGACUGGAGACGGAUCCUCGAGCGAAGAAACGGGUCCUCCGACAGGCGAUUGACCAUGUUCCCCAAUCGGUGGCGAUUUGGAAAGAAGCAGUGAAUCUGGAAGAGGACCCUGAAGAUGCGAAACUCUUACUUGCAAAGGCCACCGAGAUCAUACCAUUGUCAGUCGAGCUCUGGCUUGCUCUAGCUCGUCUGGAGACGCCGGAAAAUGCCCAGGCUGUUCUCAACAAGGCCCGGAAAGCUGUACCCACCAGCCACGAGAUUUGGAUUGCCGCGGCCAGGUUGCAAGAACAAAUGGGCAAUGCUAACAAAGUCAAUAUCAUGAACCGUGCUGUGAAGGCUUUGGUGAAGGAAGGUGCCAUGCUCAAGCGCGAGGAAUGGAUUACGGAGGCUGAGAAAUGCGAAGAGGAAGGUGCUGUGUUGACAUGCGGCGCCAUCAUACGAGAGACUCUUGGCUGGUCUCUAGAUGAGGAUGACGACCGAAAAGAGAUCUUCAAGGACGACGCCAAAGCAAGCAUUGGGCGAGAAAAGUUCGAGACCGCCCGAGCCAUCUAUGCUUACGCCUUACGAGUGUUCCCCACUAGCAGAUCACUAUGGCUCGCUGCGGCCGAUUUGGAAAGGAGCCACGGCACUAAAGCAGCUCUGUGGCAAGUAUUGGAGAAGGCUGUCGAGGCCUGCCCUCAAUCAGAAGAACUGUGGCUCCAGCUCGCACGCGAGAAAUGGCAUGCUGGCGAAGUUGACGAGGCACGCCGGGUCCUCGGUAAAGCAUUUAAUCAAAAUCCCAAUAACGAGGAGAUCUGGCUUGCAGCCGUUAGAUUGGAGGCAGAUGCUGGGCAAGUGACCCAAGCACGAGAACUUCUGGCGACGGCAAGACAAGAGGCACCGACUGAGCGGGUCUGGUACAAGAGCGCAGCGUAUGAAAGACAGCUGGGCAACACUGAUGUCGCGCUCGACUUGGUUCUCCAGGGCCUCACAUCGAGGGUUAUCGACAAGAAAGAGACACGCUUUCCACGGAGUCCUAAACUGUGGAUGAUGAAAGGGCAGAUUUACGAGGACAAAGGGAUGAUACCACAGGCGCGAGAAGCUUACGCACAGGGGACCAGAGCGUGUCCCAAGUCUGUGCCCCUGUGGCUUCUGGCGGCGAGACUCGAACAAAAAGAGGGGAUCAUCAUCAAGGCCAGAUCUGUCCUUGAUCGUGCACGCCUGCAGAACCCCAAGAAUGCCGAGCUGUGGGCCGAGAGCGUUAGAGUCGAGCUGCACGCCAAUCCACCGAAUGUCCAGCAAGCGAAGAUUCUGAUGUCCAAGGGAUUACAAGAGUGUCCUAAGUCAGGGCUUCUGUGGUCCGAGAACAUCUGGAAACUGCAGCCGCGGACACAACGGAAACCGUUGAGCCUCGAAGCCAUCAAGGCCGUGGACAACGAUCCCGUUCUGUUCGUGACCGUGGCGCGCAUAUUCUGGAGUGAACGGAGACUGGACAAAGCGAUGAAUUGGUUUGAGAAGGCGCUUGUGGUGGAUCCGGAUUUGGGAGACAGCUGGGCGUGGUAUCUCAAAUUUCUAAUGCAGCACGGCACCGACGAGAAACGGGAAGAUGUCAUUGCAAAGUGCGUUGCGAACGAACCGAAACACGGGGAGGUAUGGCAGAGAGUGAGGAAAGAUCCUAAGAACGCGGCUCUGAGUACGAAGGAGGUGCUGAUGGAGGUGAUGAAGCAACUUGAGGCGAAGGAGGUUAUCAGCUGA